AUGGUGUCUUCUCUCCUCUUGGCCGGAUCUUUGUUUGGCCUCAGUCAAGCGGUCACUCUCCCCUUGGCUGCAAGAAGCACAAAUUCCACCAAAGCCUUUAGCUGGGUCGACACAAAACCAACGAGAGACCUGCAAUACUACGACUGUGGUGAUGGCUUUCAAUGCGCGCGACUCGAAGUCCCACUCGACUGGUCAAACCCAACCAAGAACAGCACUGCUUCCAUUGGCAUCCUCAAGCUCCCGGCCACAGUUCCGAAUGACGACCCGUCCUUCGCUGGCAGUAUUCUCAUCAACCCCGGCGGUCCAAGCGGUUCUGGCACCGGUUUUGCUUACUCCUUUGGACCCAUCUUGCAAAAGGUCCUUGGUCAAGGUCGCAACUAUGAGAUCAUCGGGUUUGAUCCUCGUGGUGUCAACACAAGUACGCCUCGCGCCGACUGCUUCAAGGGAGACCAGUUCAGCCGCAGGCUUUCCAAGGAGCGCGACUCCAUUCUACCCCCGAUUGAUGACGCUCUUGGCUAUCAUUGGGCCGACGCCAAUGCUCAGAGUGCUCUUUGUGAAGAGAAUGGCGUUGAUAGUAUCUGGGGUCACAUGAACACCGCGUCCGUUGCCCGUGAUAUGGUGGAGAUCAUUGACCGCAUCGACGACCUGCGCUGGAAGGAGUCGGGAAGGGCCAAACCAAAGGAUGCUGAGGCAGCCCGCCUGCAGUACAUUGGGAUUUCAUACGGGACCUACCUGGGCAAUACCUUUGCGUCAAUGUUUCCUGAGCGCAUUGGCAGGAUUUGGAUUGAUGCUGUCGUUGACGGCGACGACUGGGCUGCUGGUACCUUCCGAAACAAUAUCAACGACGUGGAGAAGAUCGUUGAUCAAUUCUACGCUGUUUGCUUUGAAUCCAAGGAAGACUGUCCCCUUUUCCAGUCAUCUGACAAGUCCGGCUCAGAUGUCAAAGCCCGUGUCGCCGACUUUCUCGAUGAGAUGGAUACCAACCCCGUCUCCUUCGCCUACAACGACCGCCCGGGUGUUCUCACAUCCCCAGUCAUCCGCCAGGCAAUCUUCUCAGCCAUGUACACUCCCUUGGUCUCAUUCGAGCCACUUGCUCUGGGCCUCAGCGCACUUCUGAAGGGCAACUCAUCUAUUCUCGCAAACUUCCUAACCCCCGAGUCCAUCAAGCUUGUCUGCGACUUGGAGAACGAUGAGCUUCCUCAGUACAAUUGGGACUCCGAUGUCUUAUCUAGCGUUCUAUGCACAGACAUCGUGGAUGAAGUGGUUAAUCGCAAUAUCUCCUUCUACGAAAACUUGCUUAAGGAGUUGAAGAACCAAUCCGAGACGACUGGAACUGCUGUAACCGGAGCAGUCCCAAUCUCCUGUGCCGGGCGUAAGAUUCGCCCGCCGUACGCGUUCACGGGACCUUUCACAAGCCCUGCCGCCAACGCCAACGACUCCAAGGCUCCUGCUGCACCGCUCUUGAUCACCUCUAGCCGUUACGAUCCAAUCACUCCUCUCAGAAACGCCCUGCACGUUCAGAAGGGACAUCCUGGCUCGGCUGUGGUGAUUCAAGAGACUUCCGGACAUGGCGCGACAUCUAACCCAAGCGCUUGUCUUGUCAAGAUCGUUAGGGACUACUUUUACGAGGGCAAGCUGCCUGAGAGUGGUACUGUCUGUGAGUCGGCAUGUAAGCCAACCAUUCCGGCUGAUAAGGAGAACUGCACCUCAAUUCUUAACUCCAGAGAUGUGGAGUAUAUGUUGCCUCCAUUGGGAGAGUUCCACUGGUUCUAG